AUGGACUUGACCACCAAACCCAUUGAUGCCUUUGACUGCAGUCGUCCGGGGAGUAACUCACAGGUGAACCCAGCCAGUCCAAUCAGCCUACAUUGUUCUGCUAUCAGACCCUCCUGGAGCAGCUAGUGGAAGUAGGCCUCAAACCCCUUGUGGUCUUUCGUCGCUCUGCAUUUCUUCUUUAAGAUGUACAGAUUUCUGUACUCUACUAUUUUGGAAAACUUUUAAAAUGUGGCCCUUAUGCUCUAUAGUCCACAAGGUCACUUUUCUAUGCUCUCCUCUCAGGGUGGCAUGUGUCGAUUGGAGUAAGGGCCAGUGAUGUUCCCAUCCUUUACCAAAGUGAGGCUACCAUUAAGGUAUGGGUACAGUACCUUUGACAUUUGGACAAUUGAAUGUGCCCAAAUGUCAGGUAACAAAAUGUGAAACCUCCAACAAAAUUAGACCCAGCACAGGGGAUACUUUUUCAAGGCACUGUAUUGCUGUGAUAGUGAUAAUGUAUUUCCCAUUCAGGAUGGGGCUCAAUGGGGUUGUGGUGGAGUGGGUCGAGAGCUUCUAGUUCCUCAGUGUCCACAUCAUUAAGGAAUUAACAUGGUCCACACACCAACACUGUUGUGAAGAAGGCACAAUAAUGCCUCUUCCCCCUCAGGAGGCUGAAAAGAUUUGGCGUGAGCCCUCAGAGCCUCAAAAGGUUAUACAGCUGCGCCAUUGAAAGCAUCUUGAAUAGCUGCAUCACCGCUUAGUAUGGCAACUGCUUGGCGUCUGACCGCAAGCUGCUACAGAGUACACCACUGAGGCCGAGCUCCCUGCCAUUCAGGACCUCUAUACCAGGCCGUCUCUCUGCUACCACACGGCAAGCGGUACCGAUGCAUCAAGUCUGGAACCAACAGGGCCCUGAACAGCUUCUACCCCCAAGCCAUAAGACUAAAUAGUUAACCAUAUACCUACCCAGACCAUCUGCAUUGACCCUUUUUGCACCAACUCUUGACACAUCACAUACAGUUGAAGUCGGAAGUUUACAUACACCUUAGCGAAAUACAUUUAAACUCAGUUUUUCACAAUUCCUGACAUUUAAUCCUAGUAAAAAAUUCCCUGUCUUAGGUCAGUUAGGAUCACCACUUUAUUUUAAGAAUGUGAAAUGUCAGAAUAAUAGUAGAGAGAAUUGUUUAUUUCAGCUUCUAUUUCUUUCAUCACAUUCCCAGUGGGUCAGAAGUUUACAUACACUCAAUUAGUAUUUGGUAGCAUUGCCUUUAAAUUGUUUAACUUGGGUCAAAUGUUUUGGGUAGCCUUCCCCAAGCUUCCCACAAUAAGUUGGGUGAAUUUUGGCCCAUUUCUCCUGACAGAGCUGGUGUAGUCAGGUUUGUAGGCCUCUUUGCUCACACACACUUUUUCAGUUCUGCCCACAAAUGUUCUAUAGCAUUGAGGUCAGGGCUUUGUGAUGGCCACUCCAAUUCCUUGACUUUGUUCUCCUUAAGCCAUUUUGCCACAACUUUGGAAGUAUGCUUGGGGUCAUUGUCCAUUUGGAAGACGCAUUUGCGACCAAGCUUUAACUUCCUGACUGAUGUCUUGAGAUGUUGCUUCAAUAUAUCCACUUAAUUUUCAUUCCUUAUGAUGCCAUCUAUUUUGUGAAGUGCACCAGUCCCUCCUGCAGCAAAGCACCCCCACAGCAUGAUGCUGCCACCCCCGUGCUUCACGGUUGGGAUGGUGUUCUUCGGCUUGCAAGGAACCCCCUUUUUCCUCCAAACAUAACGAUCGUCAUUAUGGCCAAACAGUUCUAUUUUUCUUUCAUCAGACAAGAGGACAUUUCUCCAAAAAGUAAGAUCUUUGUCCCCAUGUGCAGUUGCAAACCGUAGUCUGGCUUUUUUAUGGCGGUUUUGGAGCAGUGGCUUCUUCCUUGCUGAGCGGCCUUUCAGGUUAUGUCGAUAUAGGACUCGUUUUACUGUGGAUAUAGAUACUUUUGUACCUGUUUCCUACAGCAUCUUCACAAGGUCCUUUGCUGUUGUUGUGGGAUUGAUUUGCACUUUUCGCACCAAAGUACGUUCAUCUCUAGGAGACAGAACUCGUCUCCUUCCUGAGCGGUAUGACGGCUGUGUGGUCCCAUGGUGUUUAUACUUGCGUACUAUUGUUUGUACAGAUGAACGUGGUACCUUCAGGCGUUUGGAAAUUGCUCCCAAGGAUGAACCAGACUUGUCGAGGUCUACCAUUUAUUUUCUGAGGUCUUGGCUGAUUUCUUUUGAUUUUCCCAUGAUGUCAAGCAAAGAGGCACUGAGUUUGAAGGUAGGCCUUGAAAUACAUCCACAGGUACACCUCCAAUUGAAUCAAAUGAUGUCAAUUAGCCUAUCAGAAGCUUCUAAAGCCAUGACAUCAUUUUCUGGAAUUUUCCAAGCUGUUUAAAGGCACAGUCAACUUAGUGUAUGUAAACUUCUGACCCACUGGAAUUGUGAUACAGUGAAAUUGUGAUAUAAGUAAAAUAAUCUGUCUGUAAACAAUUGUUGGAAAAAUUACUUGUGUCAUGCACAAAGUAGAUGUCCUAACCGACUUGCCAAAACUAUAGUUUGUUAACCAGAAAUUUGUGGAGUGGUUGAAAAACGAGUUUUAAUGACUCCAACCUAAGUGUAUGUAAACUUCCGACUUCAACUGUAUGCUGCUGCUACUGUUUAUUUAUCCUGUUGCUUAGUCACUUUACCCCUACCUAUAUGUAGGCCUACAUAUCUACCUGUUAAGGGAGGUUUCCUAUUUAAGAAUGCACUGGGAGAGAUAAGAGCUAAAACAGGGUGCAGGUGUCCCAGUUAGAGGACAAGGAUAGAGCAGAGCGACUUGAGGUUAAUGUUUAGCGAGUUUGAGCCUCCAUUUAUGCUCUCCUUUCAAAUCAUCCAUUUAAUUUCCAGCAUUGAUUUGUAUGUGCUAAGAAAAACAGAAAAAUAUUUAUUAGCAUAUUUCAUAUAAAGAAUUCACGUGAUCAUAUCGUAUAUCAUAAAUAUUACUUGUCAUACACAUAACAAUCUCAGAGCCAGUAGCCAAACCAUAAUUAUAUCAAACUGAUUAUUUCCAUGUCAUAAUUCUCUUCAUAAACUAUAAUUCCCUCUAAAGCAUUUACAAAAUAGAUUCAUUUCCAGGAAUAUCCAACAUUACCAUCAAACCAUUCUAUGACUAUUCACAACAGUGCAUCUUCAGAUGCACAUUGAUUGACACAAACCAGAAAGGAGAAUGUAAACAUAUGGUGGGCUACUCAAGUUGGAGAUUGGACACAUGUACAUAGAGGAAAUACAAGGGAUAAAUGCUAGAGAGUUCUUCCAAGGCAUGGAUUGUUCUUUUUCGGUGAGGUUUAACGGUGGUUGGCAUCCAAUAUGUUGCAUUACCGCCCCCAACUGAACUGUACUAUAAAUCCAUUACACUUCGUGAUACAAAAUAGGAAACGGGAAAAAUAAAAUCCAAAUAUUUUUUAUUACCCUACCAACUAACCCUACACUCAUUAAAACCCAUCACCUUAUUCCACUAUUUUAACCCUAUCUGAUCCUUUCCCAGGCCAACGACCUGAGAGGAUGGGACACUACCACUCAACACACCCUGUAACUCUUCUGAAGUCAAAUCUCGUACCUCCAAGUACUUCUCUGCAGCUGCCACCACAUCUAUUUUCUGUGACUUACGUUCCAUUUCUGCAGUACAGUUGAUAACCAUUGCUAUGAACGCUAAGAAGCCAACCUUACUGAAGCAUAUAUCACUCAUUGGCCUGUCCCUCUGUGCUGACACAGAUCUACUAUUCACAGGGAUCCUCUUAGAACCCCUCACCCUUGACCCAUCCUCUUCUACAGUCUUCCCUGCCUCAGCAUACGACACUUUCUGCACUACUCUGACUCUAGUCACCUCAACCUGCCUCUCUCACACCAGACACUUCUGAUCCCCAGCAACAUGUGCACAUCUACAGUUGACGCAUACAACUUUAUCCACUGAAACUACACAAUCCUCUAUCCCAUGCCCUCCUGCACACUUCCCACAUAUUGGAAUCUCCCUCCUACACACUGCUGCGACAUGACCAUAAACGUUGCACCUGAAACAGAGCGUUUUUGGCGAAUCCACUAGGAUAUAACUGAUAUAUCCUAACAUGACCUUGUUGGGUAAAGGACUCAAAAGGACUGACAGUGACUCCUCUGUUUCACCACCGGGUCUGCUUCGCACCAAACGGCGGGCGUCACAAACACCGGGAAUCUUCAACUUCAAUUGCUCCACCUCCACACUUAAUGCUACCCCAGAAAUCACUCCUUUCAAUGGUGCCCUGUUCCUAAGAACAAAGCAAGAAACAGAUCUUGAUCCAAGUUGCAUCGCACAGAGCACCUGCUCCCUCUGAUCUGAGGAAACACAAACAUCACAAGUCCACUUUGGAUUACCUACACCGACUCAACAGCACCCACCAUAUUUUCCUCCCAAACUGAAACCACCCAUGGAUCAGCCAAAAGGCCUGGUUCCAAACUCUUCAAAAAUCUCACUUCCACUGGACCAAACUUAUCUUUAUCAUAACCAUGUCCAUCAAUGCAAGGCUCAGGCUCUGAGCUCCUCACAACACCUUCUACCCCUUCCAUUUCACCUCCAGAACUCGAACUGGCGUCUGGCUCACUAAAAUACUUAUUAUUAUUAUUAGUCUUCUUCUGUGGGUUUUAUGGCAGACUACAACCCAACAAGGUGUAUUACCACCACCAACUGGACGGUGUUGAAAAAACCAAGGUAAAAAUAAAACCCAUACGUGAUAGGGAAAACUAACUUAAUCCACCCAAAAUAAAACAAUAUAAAAUACACAUUGGACAAAACCAAAACUUAUUUCUUCCUUCAAAUCUCCAUAUCUCCUUUCUUAGGCUCUAUGACCUGAGAGGGUGGUACGGCUUGUGACAAUACUCCAUGUAACUCCUCCGCCGAGAAGUCUUUCAGUCCCAGGAACCGUUCCGCCGCAUCCACAAUGAUAGCUAUUUUCCUGGACUUCCUCUCCACCUUGGCAGUACCAUUAAUCAACCUAGCUGUAAAAGCCACAAAGUCCACCUUCUUAAUUUUUAACGUACACUACCGUUCAAAAGUUUGGGGUCACUUAGAAAUGUCCUUGUUUUCCAUGAAAACAUACAUGAAAUGAGUUUGAAUAGGAAAUAUAGCAAAAUGCAUAGGAAAUGUAGUCAUUGACAAGGUUAGAAAUAAUGAUUUUUAAUAUAAAUAAUAAUUGUGUCCUUCAAACUUUGCUUUCAUCAAAGAAUCCUCCAUUUGCAGCAAUUACAGCCUUGCAGACCUUUGGCAUUCUAGUUGUCAAUUUGUUGAGGUAAUCUGAAGAGAUUUCACCCCAUGCUUCCUGAAGCAUCUCCCACAAGUUGGAUUGGCUUGAUGGGCACUUCUUACGUACCAUACGGUCAAGCUGCUCCCACAACAGCUCAAAAGGGUUGAGAUCCAGUGACUGUGCUGGCCACUCCAUUAUAGACAGAAUACCAGCUGACUGCUUCUUCCCUAAAUAGUUAUUGCAUAGUUUUGAGCUGCGCUUUGGGUCAUUGUCCUGUUGUAGGAGGAAAUUGGUUCCAAUCAAGCGCCGUCCACAGGGUGUGGCAUGGCGUUGCAAAAUGGAGUGAUAGCCUUCCUUCUUCAAGGUGCCUUUUACCCUGUACAAAUCUCCCACUUUCCCACCACCAAAGCACCCCCAGACCAUCACAUUGCCUCCACCAUGCUUGACAGAUGGCAUCAAGCACUCCUCCAGCAUCUUUUCAUUUGGUCUGCGUCUCACAAAUGUUCUUCUUUGUGAUCCGAACACCUCAAACUUCGAUUUGUCUGUCCAUAACACUUUUUUCCAAUCUUCCUCUGUCCAGUGUCUCUGUUCUUUUGCCCAUCUUAAUAUUUCCUUUUUAUUGGCCAGUCUGAGAUAUGGCUUUUUCUUUGCAACUCUGCCUAGAAGGUCAGCAUUCCGGAGUCGCCUCUUCACUGUUGACGUUGAGACUGGUGUUUUGUGGGUACUAUUUAAUGAAGCUGCCAGUUGAGGACCUGUGAGGCAUCUGUUUCCCAAACUAGACACUAAUGUAUUUGUCCUCUUGCUCAGUUGUGUACCGGGGCCUCCCACUCCUCUUUCUAUUCUGGUUAGAGCCAGUUUGCGCUGUUCUGUGAAAGGAGUAGUACACAGCGUUGUACGAGAUCUUCAGUUUCUUGGCAAUUUCUCGCAUGGAAUAGCCUUCAUUUCUCAGAACAAGAAUAGACUGACAAGUUUCAGAAGAAAGUUAUUUGUUUCUGGCCAUUUUGAUUCUGUAAUCGAACCCACAAUUCCUGAUGCUCUAGAUACUCAACUAGUCUCAAGAAGGCCAGUUUUAUUGCUUCUUUAAAUCAGCACAACAGUUUUCAGCUGUGCUAACAUAAUUGCAAAAGGGGUUUCUAAUGAUCAAUUAGCCUUUUUAAAUUAUUAGCAAACACAACAUGGCAUUGGAACACAGGACUGAUGGUUGCUGAUAAUGGGCCUCUGUACACCUAUGUAGAUAUUCCAUUUAAAAAAAUCUGCCGUUUCCAACUACAAUAGCCAUUUACAACAUUAAUAAUGUCUACACUGUAUUUCUGAUCAAUUUGAUGUUAUUUUGAUGGACAAAGAAAUUGCUUUUCUUUAGAAAACAAGGGAAUUUCUAAGUGACCCCAAACUUUUGAACGGUAGUGUAUCUGGGUCCUGCUGUUUAACGGCACCCCCUGCAACCUUCAUUGAAGGCCUAUCCACCACCAUGGACUCAUCAGGAACACCAUUUGAACCCUCAACCCUUUUAACAGCCGCUGCAUAUGAAAUACUCUGGAUAGCCCUGACUUUGGCCACCUCAUUCUCUUUCACUCUUGUUGGGCAUUCCAAAGAUGUGGCUUCAUGGUUCCCAGCACGAUUGCAACAUGUCACAUUUUCAUCACUUUUAAAAACACAUGAUAUGAUAUUUUCCACAAUUUGAACAUCUUGGCUUCUUGCUUCUGCAAACACUUGAAACAUGUCCAAAAGCUUUACAAUGAUCACACUGCAUUGGUCUUGGAACAAAUUAUCUGACUCUGUAGUUUAUAUAUCCCAACUGCACUUGAGCAGGGAGAGACUCCAUAUUAAAAAACAAAAUAACAGAUAGUCUUCACUUUUUCUUCAUUCACCACGAUUCAUCCGACGAGCAUCAAUCACUCCAGGAAUAUUUUAAAACUCUGCAACAUCGACUUCCCAGAAAACGCCAGACAUUACCACACGCUACUUCUGAUCCUCCGAAGAAUAAAACAUCUAAACAAGCCUGCCUCUCGUGAUCCUCACAGCCUUCACUUUACCAAGCACUCUCUCCACCAGUUUGGAUAUAUCAAAUGGAUUCUUCAAAAUUGGUAAUCCAAUCAGCUGCUCCUCAUUAACAAACUGUACUCCUACAAGAUAAGGGACAUUCUCAUUACUGUAUGCUACUUUGCUCCGUUUUCUAUUCUUUUGGAAAACAUUCAAAUUCUCCUUGAUUACCCCGCCAUUAUAUUCACGCUCCACAUCAGCGUCAGCUUCAACCAUCUUUUACAUUUACAUUACAUUUACAUCAUUUAGCAGACGCUCUUAUCCAGAGCGACUUACACAUUUUAGAGCUCAGCAAGGCUGAACUAAAAGACAAAGGGAACUCAGGUAUUUAAUAGGGGAAUUAGUUGCAGGUGCGCUCAGAGCAUAGAGAUGUAUAGAGGUCUCUAGUGCCCAAAAGCCUGUACAUCUCUAUGGCUCCAAGGUGCCUGCAGUUAAAAGGACAGUUAACUAAAAAGUAAUAAUGAAAGAUGAGAGCCUUUUCGUCAGCCACCUUCAAAAGCGUUUUCUGCAGGUUUUUCUCUGCUGGUGAACGUUAUUUAUAAUAGGGGUUUCUGAAAUGAAAAUGGAUGGCCGUCUCGUAGCGCUUGAAAAAAGAGUAUUCACCCUCCCCUAUACACAAAAUAAUAAUUAAAACAAAGUGGAUAGCAGAGAACAUGUCUACCGUUUACUCUCACUUCUUGGACAGACCAGAGCCUUUGAUAUGCAGUUUUAGAAACUGUUCUUUAUCCUGUAAGCAUUACAUGGCAACGCAGGAAUUUUAAUCGCGCACAAGGCUGUGGGCCAGAAGGUUGUGGGUUCGCAGACCACCGUGGACAAUAGUAGACGUAGAAAGAUCUCAUUUAUAUUAAAAGCAUUGCAUGAAUCUAUCAUCGUAUUUUCAGGUCAGAGAAAGAAUUGCCUUUUAUAAAAAUGUCUUGCAAUUCUACAUAAUUUUCCCUAAAAGCCCUCUCGGUUUCAACAUCUUCUAUUGUACAGUAAGUGAAUAGCUUAAUAAAUUGAUAGUGAUAGAAUUAGUUUACUUCCCAAGCAAAGUCUGCCUUUGAAUGUCAAAUAAACGAAACAAUGUAUCCCCAUAUGCAUCAGAGUCACUUCUUUCCCGGGUAUUUUACAACUCGCUUCUAGCAUAAAGCAUGCGGACCAAAGCUCUGUUAUAGAUCACUUUAGAUAAUCGGAUCCGUUUUAUUUUCUUAAAUCUUAAGCUAACAAGGGGUAGGCCUGUGCUUUUUGCCAUUUUCUUUAAUAAAAGGUAGGGCCCUACUACACAAUGAGAUAGCCUUUAUUUUGCCCCAUAGGAUCAAUAGCUUCUUUAAAAAAGUAGUCUAACUGUGGAGUGUAGCCCAAAAACAUGGCAUAGACUACGUAGGGAAUGCGCGGCAAAUCUGUCAAUGAAGUAACAGCAUGCAGACAAAACAGGCCUUUCGCAAUAUUUAAAAUACAAUCGCGGGAAAAACAGGUUGGAAAGCAAAUGGCGAAAAAAGAGAAAACUCUAAUCUGUCUGCUGUAGGCUACCAAAUACUUUUUCAAAGUAAAACAAGAGAAAUAAAUAGUUUUUUGGCAUGAGCGCAUCGGCCGUCAUCGGCUAGUGAGCUGCACAUCUUUGGUGAGUUAGUGAAACUGGAUAUAAUUUUAAGGACUAUAAUUUACUCCUCAUAUUGUAGUCAACAAUAUGUGUCUUCACACACCUAGGCCUAGGCUAUUGAUGGAUUCAAGACAAGGUCGUUUUUAUUUAUCUCAGAUUCUCAGUUUGUCAGUGUCAAAGUAGCUGGUCAUUUCGAUCAUUUGUGCAGUAUUCUGAUGCUUUCAAGACACAGGAGGUUGGUGGCACUUUAAUUGGGGAGGACCGGCUCAUGGUAAAGUCUGGAGCGGAAUAGGUGGAAUGGUAUCAAACACAUGGUUUCCAUGUGGUUGAUGCCAUUCCAUUGGCUCCGUUCUGGCCAUUGUUAUGAGCCGUCCUCCCUUCAGGAGCCUCCCGUGUUUCAAGACAACUGGGAACUCUGAACAAAAACGAGGUCAAAUCAUUAGCCUACAUCAGUGAUCUUCAGGUUGGAAAGUCGGAGCUCUAGAAAGAGUUCCGGUCUUGGAAUUACGAGUUGGAUGACUGUUCAAAAUUAAUUUGCCCAGUUGCUGCUAGUUUGUUUUGAGUUCCCAGUUGUCUUGAAUGCACUGAAGUCAGAAGUAGGAGAUUUCCCAGUUCCAAAUUCCAUGUUCCCAGUUGUUUUGAACGCAGCAUUAAAAAAUAUUAUGCCAAAAAGGACAUGGAAUUGAAUGAAAUGCGUUUAUAAAAGGCAAACAUUUUCCCAGAGCCUGUAACUUCUGUAAUGCCUCAAUGCAAAUGCAAUGAUGUGCAUGCAAUGUUGAUUUUUUUCCACAUGCGUUCCGGUACCUCAGAGCUCCCCAGGUCACCCCCCUCUCGCGCUCACUUUUUGUUCCGGGACCUCCCGAUUUACAAAUUAAGAAAUGCUCAUACCCCCUCAAUUCGAGUCUUGGUUUUGACUUCACUUCACUUCACAACUGCACUUCACUGACACAGAGGUAGGCUAUAUAAAGAGUGCAUGGUCGGUGGAGGAAGUUACCAACAAAUCUAUGGAUAUGGUAGCCUAUAGCCUAAUUUCGUCAGUGUAUUUCUUAAAUAAAAAUAAAUAGGCUCCAACAAAAAGCCCUCUUGUUGUUAGUAAAGUCUAAUUAAAAUGAAGAUGGUUUAAAUGAAUUAUGCCUACUCGAAUUUGCCUACUUUCAGCACUAUGAGAAUUUCCAAGUUUCAGCACUACAAUGUAAGUUACUCGAAUCUGGCUUAUUCUGAGGUCAAUAACUCAGAUAAAUACAUCACGGGCAAGAAACAUAUUGUUUUUAAUAAAAUCAAUUAUAGUAGUAGCAGGCUAUCAAAGUUGACCUCCGGUCCUCCUUCUCAUCUUUGCUCUCUUCUUCUCAAACUGAACAGAACAUAGGCUAAAAAGCUAGUCCGCGCGCAAGAUAGUGAAUUUUUUGGGACUAGGCCUAAUUAAAAAAAUUAUAAUAUGAAGAAACCAUUGACUCUCCUCCUGAACUGCCACCGUAGCCCUACACAGCACACAGAAACGUUUUUGAUCAGCAAGAGCAUAGCAGGGCUCAGGGUUGGAAUAUCCAUUGCAGUUCGUAAUGCAGCCUAAUUUUAUUUACACCAUCCCCGCAGCUAUCUUAGCAAUAUAACUUUGCUCUGUGCUUCUCUGAGCAUGCAUUUCAUAGCGUAUAGGCUAUGGGUCAUUUGAUUGAGACCACACUAAAUAGUCUAUAGGCACACUUGAUAUUGCACGUCCAGCAGAGAGUCAGAGAUGAGGUGUGGCAUCAGGCACACAUCGAUAAACAGUGGGGAAAAAAAGUAUUUAGUCAGCCACCAAUUGUGCAAGUUCUCCCACUUAAAAAGAUGAGAGAGGCCUGUAAUGUUCAUCAUAGGUACACGUCAACUAUGACAGACAAAUUGAGAUUUUCUUUCUCCAGAAAAUCACAUUGUAGGAUUUGUUAUGAAUUUAUUUGCAAAUUAUGGUGGAAAACAAGUAUUUGGUCACCUACAAACAAGCAAGAUUUCUGGCUCUCACAGACCUGUAACUUCUUCUUUAAGAGGCUCCUCUGUCCUCCACUCGUUACCUGUAUUAAUGGCACCUUUUUGAACUUGUUAUCAGUAUAAAAGACACCUGUCCACAACCUCAAACAGUCACACUCCAAACUCCACUAUGGCCAAGACCAAAGAGCUGUUAAAGGACACCAGAAACAAAAUUGUAGACCUGCACCAGGCUGGGAAGACUGAAUCUGCAAUAGGUAAGCAGCUUGGUUUGAAGAAAUCAACUGUGGGAGCAAUUAUUAGGAAAUGGAAGACAUACAAGACCACUGAUAAUCUCCCUCGAUCUGGGGCUCCACGCAAGAUCUCACCCCGUGGGGUCAAAAUGAUCACAAGAACGGUGAGCAAAAAUCCCAGAACCACUCGGGGGGACCUAGUGAAUGACCUGCAGAGAGCUGGGACCAAAGUAACAAAGCCUACCAUCAGUAACACACUACGCCGCCAGGGACUCAAAUCCUGCAGUGCCAGACGUGUCCCCCUGCUUAAGCCAGUACAUGUCCAGGCCCGUCUGAAGUUUGCUAGAGUGCAUUUGGAUGAUCCAGAAGAGGAUUGGGAGAAUGUCAUAUGGUCAGAUGAAACCAAAAUAUAACUUUUUGGUAAAAACUCAACUCGUCGUGUUUGGAGGUCAAAGAAUGCUGAGUUGCAUCCAAAGAACACCAUACCUACUGUGAAGCAUGGGGGUGGAAACAUCAUGCUUUGGGGCUGUUUUUCUGCAAAGGGACCAGGACAACUGAUCCGUGUAAAGGAAAGAAUGAAUGGGGCCAUGUAUCGUGAGAUUUUGAGUGAAAACCUCCUUCCAUCAGCAAGGGCAUUGAAGAUGAAACGUGGCUGGGUCUUUCAGCAUGACAAUGAUCCCAAACACACCGCCCGGGCAACGAAGGAGUGGCUUCGUAAGAAGCAUUUCAAGGUCCUGGAGUGGCCUAGCCAGUCUCCAGAUCUCAACCCCAUAGAAAAUCUUUGGAGGGAGUUGAAAGUCUGUGUUGCCCAGCGACAGCCCCAAAACAUCACUGCUCUAGAGGAGAUCUGCAUGGAGGAAUGGGCCAAAAUACCAGCAACAGUGUGUGAAAACCUUGUGAAGACUUACAGAAAACGUUUGACCUGUGUCAUUGCCAACAAAGGGUAUAUAACAAAGUAUUGAGAAACUUUUGUUAUUGACCAAAUACUUAUUUUCCACCAUAAUUUGCAAAUAAAUUCAUUAAAAAUCCUACAAUGUGAUUUUCUGGAUUUUUUUUUCUCAUUUUGUCUGUCAUAGUUGACGUGUACCUAUGAUGAAAAUUACAGGCCUCUCUCAUCUUUUUAAGUGGGAGAACUUGCACAAUUGGUGGCUGACUAAAUACUUUUCCCCCCCACUGUAUAACCUAAUAUGCAACUAAUUCUAAAACAAAUAUAAAAAUGUCAUCAAUUACAUGACCCUCCCCUGGACUAGAUUAACAAAUACUAAACCCUCCCCUUGACUGAAAUUCUAAAAGCAUGACCCUCCCCCAUUUUCCUCUAGGUAACCAUUCUGUAAAUGUUGAUCCAUCCCUAAGCGGCCUGGUUUAAUCUGGGUCAUUCUUGACCUCAGGCAAGGGAAUCAGACAGGCCUCCGGUCUGAGGUAAGUUCGAAGUUGGCCCAGAAGUGGUCAGCCAGGAUUUGGCUAUGACGUUAGAGCUGUUGACCAACGAAACCACUAUCAGCGUAGAUAACUUGAGGAGAGAGCUGCCACACCGCCCCAUGAGAAGCAAGUUGGGAGUGACUGGGUCCGGGUCAGGGUCAGGUAGGAGGAUAAUGAAGGGGAGUGGUACUGCCGCCCCAUGGAGCACCAUGUGUGGUAGUUCUGGAGUAGGGUGACAUGCCUGAAUGGCAAUUUGAUGAAGGGGGUAUGGUUUGCCAUCCAUCGGAACAACACUAUGAGGAUCUGACCCUGGAGGAUGAGGUGGAGUUGGCUUGCACGCCACAGGAAGGGGCCUUGGAGGGUCCUCUUUCCUAGGAGCCAGGUUGAAUUCAGGUGAGAGAGUGAGAUGACUGUAGAUGGGUUUUCUUGAUUUGAGAGCACUCAGCUCUUCUGGUAAACACUCUGCCUGGACUUGCUGUGGGAGAAGUGUUUCAGCCUUGGUGCCAGCCGCCCUUCAACCACUUUCUCUGUGACUUUUAGAAGGUCAUGCCAGGUCUGGAAUUGGGUGGCAUCAGGAAGUUUAGUGCUGGGAUAUAGUGUGACAUUGAGGCAGUAGGUUACCUUCUUCAGCUCCUCUGUUGCCUCUUCCACCAUGGGAGUUGAUGUCCAUGUUGGCCGUGCUGGCGAAUCAGAGCCAGGGCCAGACUGGCAUUCUUCUGGUGGGCGUGGCCCAGAAGGCAGAAAUGGGUUGGUAACCCACCAGACUGUGAAGGCUGGAAUGGGUCUUGGGUCUGGACCCCACUAGUAAACAGUGAAGGCUGAGGUGGAUUUGGUGACCUACUUGGCAGUUCUGGCUGAGGUGGGGCUUGAAUGUAGACCCCACUUGGGUGUGUGAUGUGUAAAACCAGCCACGACGCGGACACCGACGUCUUGCUGCCGGACAAGCUAAACACCUUCUUCGCCCGCUUCGAGGAAAACAGUGCCGCCGACGCAGGCCACCACCUCUUCCGAGGACUGUGAGCUCUUGUUCUCCAUGGCCGACGUAAGACAUUUAAGCGUGUUAAGCCUCACAAGGCUGCCGGCCCAGACGGCAUCCCUAGCCGAGUCCUCAGAUCAUGCGCAGACCAGCUGGCUGGAGUGUUUACGGACAUAUUCAAUCUCUUCCUCUCCUAAUAUGCUGUCCCCACUUGCUUCAAGAUGUUCACAAUUUUUCCUGUACCCAAGAAAUGGAAGGUAACUGAACUAAAUAACUAUCGCCCCGUAGCACUCACUUCUGUCAUCAAGAAGUGUUUUGAGAGGCUAGUUAAGGAUCAUAUAAUCUCCACCUUGCCCGACACCCUAGACCCACUGCAAUUUGCCCCAAUAGAUCCACGGAUGACACAAUAGCCAUCGCACUGCACACUGCCCUAUCCCAUCUGGACUAGAGGAAACCUAUGUAAGAAUGCUGUUCAUAGACUAUAGCUCAGCCUUCAACACCAUAGUACCCUCCAAGCUCGUCAUUAAGCUCGGGGGCACUGAGUCUGAAUCCCGCCCUGUGCAACUGGGUCCUGGACUUCCUGACGGACCACCCCCAGGUGGUGAAGGUAGGCAACAACACCUCCACUACGCUGAUCCUCAACACAGGGGCCCCUGUGGACUUCAGGAGACAGAAGAGGGAGCACGCUUCCAUCCACAUCAACGGGGAGAAGGUGAAAAGCUUUAAGUUCCUCUACGUACACAUCACUGACAAUCUGAAAUGGUCCACCCACACAGACACUAUGGUGAAGAAGGCGCAACAGCACCUCUUCAACCUCAGGAGGCUGAAGAAAUUUGGCUUGGCCCCUAAGCCCCUCACAACAUUUUACAGAUGCACCAUUGAGAGCAUCCUGUCGGGCUGUAUCACCGCCUGGUACGGCAACUGCACUGUCCACAACCCCAGGGCUCAUCAGAGGGUGGUGCGGUCUGCCCAACGCAUCACCGGGGGCACACUGCCUCCAGUACAUCUACAAAACCCGGUGUCACAAGAAGGCCAAAAAUAUCAUCAAGGACCUCAGCCACCCGAGCCACAGCCUGUUCACCGUGCUACCAUCCAGAAGGUGAGGUUAGUACAGGUGCAUCAAAGCUGGGACAGAGUGACUGAAAAACAGCUAAUAUCUCAAGGCCAUCAGAAUGUUGAAUAGUCACCACUAGCCGGCCUCCGCCCAGUACCUUGCCCUGAACUUUAGUCACUAGCCGGCUACAACCUGGUUACUCAACCCUGCACCUUAGAGGCUGCUGCCUAUGUACAUAGACAUGGAACACUGGUGACUUUAAUAAUGGAACACUGGUCACUUUAAUAAUGUUUACAUACUGUUUUACCCACUUCAUAUGUAUAUACAGUAUUCUAGUCAAGGCCUAUCCUAUUUAAAUAUUGCUGUACAUGUACUAUUCUAUCCUACGUAUUUUUCAGGUAUACUACAUAUUCUAUCAAUAUACUGUCCAUAAUGUCUAUACAUCCCAUCAUAUACAGUUGAAGUCGGAAGUUUACAUACACUUAGGUUGGAGUCAUUAAAACUUGUUUUUCAACCACUCCACAAAUUUCUUGUUAACAAACUAUGGCAAGUCGGUUAGGACAUCUACUUUGUGCAUGACACAAGUAAUUUUUCCAACAAUUGUUUACAGACAGAUUAUUUCACUUAUAAUUCACUGUAUCACAAUUCCACAAUUCCAGUGGGUCAAAAGUUUACAUACACUAAGUUGGCUGUGCCUUUAAACAUGUCAUGGCUUUAGAAGCUUCUGAUAGGCUAAUUGACAUAAUUUGAGUCAAUUGGAGGUGUACCUGUGGAUGUAUUUCAAGGCCUACCUUCAAACUCAGUGCCUCUUUGCUUGACAUCAUGAGAAGACCUCCACAAGUCUGGUUCAUCCUUAGGAGCAAUUUCCAAACGCCUGAAGGUACCACGUUCAUCUGUAUAAACACCAUGGGACCACGCAGCCGUCAUACCGCUCAGGAAGGAGACGCGUUCUGUCUCCUAGAGAUUAAUGUACAUUGGUGCGAAAGUGCAAAUCAAUCCCAGAACAACAGCAAAGGACCUUGUGAAGAUGCUGGAGGAAACAGGUACAAAAGUAUCUAUAUCCACAGUAAAACAAGUCCUAUAUCAAAUAACCUGAAAGGCCGCUCAGCAAGGAAGAAGCCACUACUCCAAAACCGCCAUAAAAAAGCCAGACUACGGUUUGCAACUGCAUAUGGGGACAAAGAUCGUACUUUUUGGAGAAAUGUCCUCUGGUCUGAUGAAACAAAAAUAGAACUGUUCGGCCAUAAUGACCAUCGUUAUGUUUGGAGAAAACAGGGGGUUGCUUGCAAGCCGAAGAACACCAUCCCAACUGUGAAGCACGGGGGUGGCAUCAUCAUGCUUUGGGGGUGCUUUGCUGCAGGAGGGACAGGUGCACUUCACAAAAUAGAUGGCAUCAUGAGGAUGGAAAAGUAUGUUAUUCCUCAAUAAAGUAGCUACAGUGAGGGAAAAAAGUAUUUGAUCCCCUGCUGAUUUUGUACAUUUUCCCACUGACAAAGACAUGAUCAGUCUAUCAUUUUAAUGGUAGGUUUAUUUGAAAAGUGAGAGACAGAAUAACAACAAACAAAUUCAGAAAAACGCAUGUAAAAAAAUGUUAUAAAUUGAUUUGCAUUUUAAUGAGGGAAAUAAGUAUUUGACCCCUCUGCAAAACAUGACUUAGUACUUGGUGGCAAAACCCUUGUUGGCAAUCACAGAGGUCAGAUGUUUCUUGUAGUUGGCCACCAGGUUUGCACACAUCUCAGGAGGGAUUUUGUCCCACUCCUCUUUGCAGAUCUUCUCCAAGUCAUUAAGGUUUCGAGGCUGACGUUUGGCAACUCGAACCUUCAGCUCCCUCCACAGAUUUUCUAUGGGAUUAAGGUCUGGAGACUGGCUAGGCCACUCCAGGACCUUAAUGUGCUUCUUCUUGAGCCACUCCUUUGUUGCCUUGGCCGUGUGUUUUGGGUCAUUGUCAUGCUGGAAUACCCAUCCACAACCCAUUUUCAAUGCCCUGGCUGAGGGAAGGAGGUUCUCACCCAAGAAUUGACGGUACAUGGCCCCGUCCAUCGUCCCUUUGAUGCAGUGAAGUUGUCCUGUCCCCUUAGCAGAAAAACACCCCCAAAGCAUAAUGUUUCCACCUCCAUGUUUGACGGUGGGGAUGGUGUUCUUGGGGUCAUAGGCAGCAUUCCUCCUCCUCCAAACACGGCGAGUUGAGUUGAUGCCAAAGAGCUCGAUUUUGGUCUCAUCUGACCACAACCCUUUCACCCAGUUCUCCUCUGAAUCAUUCAGAUGUUCAUUGGCAAACUUCAAACGGCCCUGUAUAUGUGCCUUCUUGAGCAGGGGGACCUUGCGGGCGCUGCAAGGUUUCAGUCCUUCACGGCGUAGUGUGUUACCAAUUGUUUUCUUGGUGACUAUGGUCCCAGCUGCCUUGAGAUCAUUGACAAGAUCCUCCCAUGUAGUUCUGGGCUGAUUCCUCACCGUUCUGAUGAUCAUUGCAACUGCACGAGGUGAGAUCUUGCAUGGAGCCCCAGGCCGAGGAAGAUUGACAGAUCUUUUUUGUUUCUUCCAUUUGCGAAUAAUCGCACCAAUUGUUGUCACCUUCUCACCAAGCUGCUUGGCGGUGGUCUUGUAGCCCAUUCCAGCCUUGUGUAGGUCUACAAUCUUGUCCCUGACAUCCUUGCAGAGCUCUUUGGUCUUGGCCUUGGUGGAGAGUUUGGAAUCUGAUUGAUUGAUUGCUUCUGUGGACAGGUGUCUUUUAUACAGGUAACAAACUGAGAUAAGCAGCACUCCCUUUUAGAGUGUGCUCCUAAUCUCAGCUCGUUACCUGUAUAAAAGACACCUGGGAGCCAGAAAUCUUUCUGAUUGAGAGGGGGUCAAAUACUUAUUUCCCUCAUUAAAAUGCAAAUCAAUUUAUAACAUUUUUGACAUGCGUUUUUCUGGUUUUUUUUGUUUUUAUUCUGUCUCUCACUGUUCAAAUAAACCUACCAUUAAAAUUAUAGACUGAUAAUUUCUUUGUCAGUGGGCAAAUGUACAAAAUCAGCAGGGGAUCAAAUACUUUUUUCCCUCACUGUAUCAGCAAAGUCAGAGCUAGUAAGACAAAAAAUAUAUAAUGUGCGAGUUUUGGUUCACAAAAGGGUUGGUCGGGGUAAGAAGGGUGAGGGGUGCUGUGGGAUUAAUACUCUUUGAAGAGGUAGGGUUUCAGAUGUUUUCACAAGAUGGGCAGGGAACCUGAUGUUCUAGCUCCAGGGAGAAUCCCCCAUUGGGGUGCCAGGACAGAGAAGAGCUUGGACUGGGCUGAGCGGGAGCUGCCCUCCCGUAGGGGUGGGAAGGCCAAGAGACCAAAGGUGGCAGAACGGAGUGCUCGGGUUGGGGUGUAGGGUUUGAGCAUUGCCUGAAGGUAGGAAGUGGCGGUUCCUCUUGCUGUUCCGUAGGUAAGCACCAUGGUCUUGUAGUGGAUGCGAGCUUCGACUGGAAGCCAGUGGAGUGUGUGGAGGAGCAGGGUGACAUGGGAGAACUUGGGAAGGUUGAACACCAGGUGGGCUGCAGCGUUCUGGAUAAGUUGCAGGUGUUUGAUGGCACAAGCGGGGUGCACAGCCAACAGUGAGUUGCAGUAGUCCAGACAGGAGAUGACAAGUGCCUGGAUUAGGAACUGCGCCUCUUCAUGUGCGAGGCAGGGUCGUACUCUAUGGAUGUUGUAGACCAUGAACCUGCAGGAGCAAAUCACUGCUUUGAUGUAUGCAGAGAACAACGGGUGUUGUCCAGGGUCAUGCCAAAGUUGGGAGGGAGACACCGUGGAGUUGUCAACCGUGAUGGAGAGGUCUUUGAGCGGGCAGGCCUUCCCCUGUGAGGAAGAGCAGCUCCGUCCUGUCAAGGUUGAGCUUGAGGUGGUGGGCAGACAUUCAAGCUGAGAUAUCUGCCAGGCACGCAGAGAUGUGUGUCGCCACCUGGGUGUCAGAAGAAGGGAAGGAGAAAAGUAGUUGAGUGUCAUCCGCAUAGCAAAUAUUUUUGCUCGCGCUGGCACUGCAGACAACUAUAUCGGUCCGCUAAUAGAGGACUAUUAAAAGCCCAGUGCAUUAUUUUGUGAGAAAAAAAUCAUAUUUCAAAAUACUUUCCUGCGGCUAUGAGAAGAGACUGAGUGUAAAAUACUGUUUGUUAUUCAGCAUGUUACAGUGGGGGAAAAAAGUAUUUAGUCAGCCACCAAUUGUGCAAGUUCUCCCACUUAAAAAGAUGAGAGAGGCCUGUAAUUUUCAUCAUAGGUACACGUCAACUAUGACAGACAAAUUGAGAAAAGAAAAUCCAGAAAAUCACAUUGUAGGAUUUGUAAUGAAUUUAUUUGCAAAUUAUGGUGGAAAAUAAGUAUUUGGUCACCUACAAACAAGCAAGAUUUCUGGCUCUCACAGACCUGUAACUUCUUCUUUAAGAGGCUCCUCUGUCCUCCACUCGUUACCUGUAUUAAUGGCACCUGUUUGAACUUGUUAUCAGUAUAAAAGACACCUGUCCACAACCUCAAACAGUCACACUCCAAACUCCACUAUGGCCAAGACUAAAGAGCUGUCAAAGGACACCAGAAACAAAAUUGUAGACCUGCACCAGGCUGGGAAGACUGAAUCUGCAAUAGGUAAGCAGCUUGGUUUGAAGAAAUCAACUGUGGGAGCAAUUAUUAGGAAAUGGAAGACAUACAAGACCACUGAUAAUCUCCCUCGAUCUGGGGCUCCACGCAAGAUCUCACCCGUGGGGUCAAAAUUAUCACAAGAACGGUGAGCAAAAAUCCCAGAACCACACGGGGGGACCUAGUGAAUGACCUGCAGAGAGCUGGGACCAAAGUAACAAAGCCUACCAUCAGUAACACACUACGCCGCCAGGGACUCAAAUCCUGCAGUGCCAGACGUGUCCCCCUGCUUAAGCCAGUACAUGUCCAGGCCCAUCUGAAGUUUGCUAGAGUGCAUUUGGAUGAUCCAGAAGAGGAUUGGGAGAAUGUCAUAUGGUCAGAUGAAACCAAAAUAUAACUUUUUGGUAAAAACUCAACUCGUCGUGUUUGGAGGACAAAGAAUGCUGAGUUGCAUCCAAAGAACACCAUACCUACUGUGAAGCAUGGGGGUGGAAACAUCAUGCUUUGGGGCUGUUUUUCUGCAAAGGGACCAGGACGACUGAUCCGUGUAAAAGAAAGAAUGAAUGGGGCCAUGUAUCGUGAGAUUUUGAAUGAAAACCUCCUUCCAUCAGCAAGGGCAUUGAAGAUGGAACGUGGCUGGGUCUUUCAGCAUGACAAUGAUCCCAAACACACCGCCCGGGCAACGAAGGAGUGGCUUCGUAAGAAGCAUUUCAAGGUCCUGGAGUGGCCUAGCCAGUCUCCAGACCUCAACCCCAUAGAACAUUUUUGGAGGGAGUUGAAAGUCUGUGCUGCCCAGCGACAGCCCCAAAACAUCACUGCUCUAGAGGAGAUCUGCAUGGAGGAAUGGGCCAAAAUACCAGCAACAGUGUGUGAAAACCUUGUGAAGACUUACAGAAAACAUUUGACCUGUGUCAUUGCCAACAAAGGGUAUAUAACAAAGUAUUGAGAAACUUUUGUUAUUGACCAAAUACUUAUUUUCCACCAUAAUUUGCAAAUAAAUUCAUAAAAAAUCCUACAAUGUGAUUUUCUGGAAUUUUUUUCCUCAUUUUGUCUGUCAUAGUUGACGUGUACCUAUGAUGAAAAUUACAGGCCUCUCUCAUCUUUUUAAGUGGGAGAACAUGGACAAUUGGUGGCUGACUAAAUACUUUCCCCCCACUGUAUUUACAUAGUAUUCAGACCUUUGCUAUGAAACUCGAAAUCGGGCUCAUAUGCAUCUUGUUUCCAUUGAUCAUACUUCAGAUGUUUCUACAACUUGAUUGGAGUCCACCAGAUGUAAAUUCAAUUGAUUGGACAUGAUUUGGAAAUGCACACACCUGUCUAUAUAAGGUCCCAUGGUUGACAGUGCAUGUCAGAGUAAAAACCAAGCCAUGAGGUCGAAGGAAUUGUACGUAGAGCUCCCAGACAGGAUUGUGUUGAGGCACAGAUCUGGGGAAGGGUACCAAAACAUUUCUACAGCAUUGAAGGUCCCCAAGAACACAGUGGCCUCCAUCAUUCUUAAAUGGAAGAAGUUUGGAACCACCAAGACUCUUCCUAGAGCUGGCCGCCCGGCCAAACUGAGCAAUCGGGGGAGAAGGGCCUCGGUCACGGAGGUGACCAAGAACCCAAUGGUCGCUCUUACAGAGCUCCAGAGUUCCUCUGUGGAGAUGGGAGAACCUUUCAAAAGGACAACCAUCUCUGCAGCACUCCACCAAUCAGGACUUUAUGGUAGAGUGGCCAGAAGGAAGCCACUCCUCAGUAAAAGGCACUUGACAGCCCGUUUGCCAAAAGGCACCUAAAGGACUCCCAGACCAUGAGAAAAAAGAUUCUCUGGUCUGAUGAAACCAAGAGUGAACUCUUUGGCCUGAAUGCCAAGUGUCACGUCUAGAGGAAACCUGGCACCAUCCCUAUGGUGAAGCAUUGUGGUGGCAGCUUUAUGCUUUGGGGAUGUUUUUCAGCGGCAGGGAAUGGGAGACUAGUCAGGAUCGAGGCAAAGAUGAACGGAGCAGUGUAUAGAGAGAUCCUUGAUGAAAACCUGCUCCAGAGUACUCAGGACUUCAGUCCGGGGCGAAGGUUCACCUUCCAACAGGACAACGACCCUAAGCACACAUCUAAGACAACGCAGGAAUGGCUUCGGGACAAGUCUCUGAAUGUCCUUGAGUGGCCCAGCCAGAGCCCCGACUUGAACCAUAUCGAACAUCUCUGGAGAGACCUGAAAAUAGCUGUGCAGCGAUGCUCCCCAUCCAACCUGACAGAGCUUGAGAGGAUCUGCAGAGAAGAAUGGGAGAAACUUCCCAAAUACAGGUGUGCCAAGCAUGUAGCGUCAUACCCAAGAAGACGUGAGGCUGUAAUCGCUGCCAAAGGUGCUUCAACCAAGUACUGAGUAAAGGGUCUGAAUACCUACAUAAAUGUGAUAUUUCAGUUUUUUUCUUUUUUAAACAUUUGCAGAAAUUUCUAAAAACCUAUUUUUGCUUUUUAUCAUUAUAGGGUAUUGUGUGCAGAUUGUGUGUCAUCCAUUUUAGAAUAAGGCUGUAACGUAACAAAAUGUGGAAAAAGUCAAGGGGUCUGAAUACUUUCCGAAUGCACGGUAUAUCAAUAUAAUUCCAAUGCAAGAACCCCACAAAACUUUGCCGAUUUCAACUGCCCCCUUAGUCACUUUAUCCUGGCGCUGGGUCUGUGGUCUGAAAUCAUUACAAUUCUGAGAAAUGAGGACCUGCAAAUACUUGGAUGUGACAUUACAUUUUAGUCAUUUAGCAGACGCUCUUAUCCAGAGCGACUUACAGUUAGUGAGUGCAUACAUUAUUUAAUUUUUUUAUACUGUCCCCCCGUGGGAAACGAACCCACAACCCUGGCGUUGCAAACGCCAUGCUCUACCAACUGAGCUACAUCCCUGCCGGCCAUUCCCUCCCCUACCCUGGACGAUGCUGGGUCAAUUGUGCGCCGCCCCAUGGGGCUCCCGGUCACGGCCGGCUACGACAGAGCCUGGAUUCGAACCAGGAUCUCUAGUGGCACAGCUAGCACUGCAAUGCAGUGCCUUAGACCACUGCGCCACUCGGGAGAUGGUUGACUUGUUAGGGUAACUGGAUUUGUUGGACUUUCCAAAUAGGCAAGAUGAUUUAAGAUUAUAAUUGCUUGUUGGUUAAACUAUUUGGAAAUGUCAUAAUCGAUUAAAUAGUCUAUUAUUAGUAUAAUGAAAGAUAUAAAAAUAGUCUGAAUUAACCUUUUGUCUUUUUUUGUCAUUUAGUAUGUUUUUCAUACCUCUGUAUGUGUAUAUUUAAUAAUGCCCUUUACCUCUCUUGCUCACCUAGUCUUUAAGACCACACUGGGGAUGCAACUUUCAGUAAAUUACCAGUGUGUGGGAUAAAUUUGGAACUCAGACCCUGUCCGAGCGGGACAUCUUCCUGAAUGAGUCUUUUCCUGAUGUCUUCCAGUGGGCCACUUCCAGUGAGUCCUUCAAAGUCGAUUGUGGCUGGUCUGAGCAUGGGAAGGGUGAGACCAUUUGGAACCUCUUUUGCCAUGAGCACCAAGCCUUUGAGAAUCAGACUGCCGACCUGGCUUGUGACAGCUACCACAAAGUGGACUACGUCGUCUACCUCCUAAGAGGUCUACUUGUCAAAACCUACCAGUUCUCUAUCUCUUGGGCCCGCAUUUUCCCCUCCAGCCACUGGUUGAGCCACUCUGAGAAAGGAGCACUUUAA